CGCAUCUUCCCGAAGGUUCAAGCUCAAAUCAUCCAACAGCUUUCGAGCUGCCGCAAACGCCUUGAGAGCCUUGGCGUUGACCGAGAAUCGGCGGACCAGCAGCGCCGGUUCUUGCUCGAAAUGUCGAGAGAAUUCCAAGACAUUACUAACUCCGCCUUGGAUGCGUACUACUCUCGUAACAAGGUAUUCAGAAGCAUUCCUGAGCUUAGACUUGCCACUUUAGCUGUCGACCGCAUGGAAAAGUUCUCAGAAGAGAUGGAGAGUUUUGGGCACACAGUCUGCUUUGAUUCGCAA